CACAUUUAACAGGUCGUGCGGGGCUGGGCUCCGGAGGGCAGGGAGACUAGAGCCGAAGGUGCGGCGGCGUCCCAGAAAGCGGCGCGGGGAGGGUUCCGUCACCUCGCGGCGCGCACCGGACGUCACCGGGGGCGGGGCCAGAGGCGGGGCCUGGCCUCGUUGUCAGCGGCUCGUAAUCCAUCAUGGCGGCCGAGGGGGUCGGUGACCGUCCCUGAACAGCGCUGGAGCCGGAGCCGGUUCCCGGGUCCUGCGGCUGAGGAGCCCUUCCGUUGUCCACGGCCCCUAUCUGCGGGGGGAGGUCGGGUCCUGCGACGGAGCCCGGGGGAUGUGACUGCCUGGCGGCGGCGGCCGUAGUAACGGCCGGGGCCGGGGGAGGGGGUGUUUCGGGCAGAGACCCCCAGGCUCGGAGCAGCUGAGGCGGCCGGGCCUCCUCCCCCGCUCCGCCCGCGACCCGCCUUCGGGGCCGCGAGAGUCCUUCGUCCCUUACAGCCCCGCCCCGGCUCUGGGACCCUCGGGGUGGUCUCUUUCCCCAGACCUGGGACACCCCGUUUCCUGAGGCGUGGAGGAGCGUCGCCCCCGGAGUAAGCCGCCCGUGCCUCGCCCCGGCAGCCUCCCUCUUGCCCCCGAGCCUCUCCUUGCUCCGACUCCCGGCCCCAGGUUUGGCCUCGGAGCCCCCCAUUCAAAUCCCGUCCCUGCUGUCAAGGGGCCUCCCCUUCCCCCCAGGUUGCUCCCGUGAGCCUCUAAUGCCCUGACUUUUUCCAAUGUCACCUACGGCCCCCUUAGUCUCAGCCCAGCCAAAAACUUUAAUGCAAAGGAAAAGCUUGGACUGGUUUCACAGGCCUUUUAAAAAGCGGACCUAAAAGUUGCUGGCAAUGCAUUCCUUCUCGUCUGAGUGGAGAGCCAGCUCUCGCUGAAGUCGGGGUGACCCGUGUCCUUUUCCGGAGAGCAGGGUAGAGAAGCAGGAGCGGCAGCUAGUGCAGCAGGAAAUUUGUCGGAAGACGAAGACACCAAGAUAGGGCUUGGGUGACUUCCCCAGGAAAAGUUCUGGAGGAGCAUCCAAACACAAUCAACGUUUCCUUGAUGUGUGGAAAUCGACAUGACUUUAGCCUUACUGACCCUUGUACAGCAUACCCUGUGAAUAUGUUUGUUUAGGUUUUUCUCCUUGAAAGGGAAGAAACUUAACUCAGC